AUGCUUGAAAGUGCAAUUGAGAGUUUACCUUUGAUGCAAUACAUAAUUGGAAUGAAAGGAGAGCCAACAAAAGCGGAUAUGAUGCAAUAUUUAACAUGCUGGUUGUGCAAAGGAGUUUACAGAGAUGCUCAUACCAUUAAUGAAUGCAUGUGCACUUAUUGUAAAGGUUGCAUUUAUAAGUAUUUCACUGAAAAUGCAACUAGAUACAAAUGCCCAUCAUGCCAUUCAGAAUUAGGGGGAAAGCCACUCGAGUAUGUUGUUAGAGAUUAAAUCCUUUAAAACAUUGUUGAUUCCCUAAUCCCAGAUUUUAAAGAAAGAGAUGACAAGUUGAAAUCAAUAUUACUAAAAAGACUCAAUGAAAAAAGAAUUCAGAAAGGCACCUAUAAACCCCCAGUCAGCAUUUAAAAAUAAACUUAAUCAGUAAAUAACACAACUACCACCGAGAAUACUUUAAGCCAAAAUAGCUCUGGCAAGCAAAAUGUAAAUAUAGUUGAUAUUGAGUUUAAAUUGGUGCCAUUAAAUGACGAAGAUGUGAAUCUUAGAAUGCCUGAAUUACCCAAAAAGUUAAAGAUUUCAUAGAAAAACAAGACAAUUUUAACAGUAAAGAAGCAUAUAAACAAGCUUAUUCAAGAGGCUAUAGACAAUAUCGAGAUACUUUGUAAGAAUUUCCCUGUGGCUGAUUCACAUUCAUUGGAGUAUAUCAGAAAAACAAAAUGGUAAAACAAUUCAAAGACAAUGGUGCUUUAGUAUAAGAGAAAAAGAAAAAUCGUAGGAAAUAAUAGACAAGACAUUUGA